GAUGUCAAUCAUCUUCUCACACUGUGGCACAGUGAAUACCAGAAGUUCAUGGCACGUUUAAUCAAGGGAAGAGAACCUUUGCAGGCAAACCCCGAAGUUCGCUUACCCGCAGUCAGCGUUCCCGACUUCAACGCACCUUCCCAGAGUAUUUUUCGAUCCUGCCAUCCUCCAAUACGCCCGAUACCUAAGGUACCGAUACCUAAUUAUCUCAGGCGCGAGCUAUGGUAUCGCUCGUGAAGUGGAUGAGGCGAGUCUUGCGCCCGGAUCCGUGGAAGCCUCUGCAGUUUCCGACGGCUGGCUUCGAGGAAUUUCCUGCUUCAGAAGUGCUGGAGGAAGAGUUUUUCCACGAAUUCAAGAAGGGCGAUUACUACCCUGUCAACAUUGGCGACCUUCUUGACUCUGACACGUAUCAAGUUGUUGGCAAACUAGGCUUUGGGCGGACGUCAUCGGUAUGGCUCGCCCGAGAUCUCCGAGCGCGCAAAUACGUUGCCUUGAAGAUUUUCACCAGAUGGGAAGGAGAGACGUGCAGGGAUGAGUUCCAGACCUGCAAGGCCAUCGAGGAAGCCGGCCAUUCCCAUAAAGGACGCUCGUACCUGAGAACCGCACUGGACCAGUUCACCAUCGACAGGCCGGGAGGCCUACCUCAUCAUUGCCUCGUCCAAAAGCCACUCUGGGACACGUGGGGGGACCUGCUCUAUCGGAACCCGAACAGACGCUUCUCCCAAGCGCUUCUCAAGGUUAGCCUGCAGCAACUCCUUAGUGCGCUCGACUACUUGCACACGGAGUGCAAGCUUGUCCACACAGACAUCAGCGAACACAACAUCCUGCAUUCUAUAGUCGACAAGGACAUCCUGAAGGCGUACGUGAAGGAAGAAUUCAAGACACCCACCCCGCGGAAGCACGUCACCCUCGACGACGGCACCACCGUCCCCGUGUACGCGUCACACCGGUUCGGCAUGCCCAAGCACUUCGGCCACAUUGUCCUCAGCGACUUCGGCGAGGCCGUGCGCGGGGAUGUGAAGCACAACCACCACGCGCAGCCGAACCAGUACCGGGCGCCCGAGGUGCAGCUCGGCGCGAGCUGGAGCUACCCGAUUGAUAUCUGGAACGUGGGGUGCCUGAUCUGGAGUGUCUUCGAGGGGCGGCAUCUAUUCCGCGGCAGGGAUCCGGUCAAUCACCGGUACAGCACCCGGGCGCAUCUCGCGGAGGUUGUUGCGUUGUUGGGACCGCCGCCGCUGGAUUUGCUUCGGCGUGGAUGGAGGAGCAAGGAGUUCUUCUCCGAGGAUGGCCAGUGGAUCGCGAACGUUACCAUUCCACGAGACAACAGCUUAGAGAAGGCAGAACACUUCCUCACCGGGAGUGACAAGACCAUGUUUCUUAACUUUGUCAGGGGCAUGCUAGCCUGGCGACCGGAGGACCGCAAGACGGCACGCGAACUGCUGAAGGACCCGUGGCUGAACGCGUGGGAGGACAUGGAUGACUGAUCUCGCUCAGGGAGCCUUCGACUGUCGGGAGUGGAAGAGAACCGUUCGUUUGAUUUCUACAGAUGGGAAGUUUAUAGCAGGUACAGAGCACAUGGAGAUGAGGACAAACGGGCGAGAAGACUGGUGUCGGAAGGGGCCAAAUCUAUAGUUUGCUGUCGUACUAGAUCAAACUGUGCUCUUAUGUCGACUG